AGUGCCAGAAACGCAAAUCUCGAAGCUCUAACAGUCAGGAAGUAUGGCAAACAGUGCCUCUUCUGAACAGAAUCAAAAUCACUGCUCAGCCGUCAACAGCAGCAACCUGCUGGUUCAGGACAACCUCCCCACUCUGACGAUAUCUGGAAAGAUUCGAGUGACAGUUACUUUCUUCCUUUUUCUACUCUCCACGACUUUCAAUGCUUCUUUCUUGUUGAAACUUCAGAAGUGGACUCAGAAGAAAGAGAAAGGGAAAAAGCUCUCAAGAAUGAAGGUACUUUUAAAACAUCUGACCUUAGCCAACCUGCUGGAGACUCUGAUUGUCAUGCCACUGGAUGGAAUGUGGAACAUCACAGUCCAAUGGUAUGCUGGAGAGCUCCUCUGUAAAGUCCUCAGCUAUCUGAAGCUUUUCUCCAUGUAUGCCCCAGCCUUCAUGAUGGUAGUAAUCAGCCUGGACCGUUCCCUGGCCAUCACGAGGCCCCUCGCUGUGAAAAGCAACAAGCUCAGUCAGUCCAAUAUUGGCUUGGCCUGGCUCCUCAGUAGCCUCUUUGCUGGACCACAGUUAUAUAUCUUCAGAAUGAUUCAUUUAGCAGAUGAUUCUGGACAGACAGGAGGUUUCUCUCAAUGUGUAACACACUGCAGUUUUCCACAAUGGUGGCAUCAAGCCUUUUAUAACUUUUUCACCUUUAGCUGCCUCUUCACCAUCCCUCUUCUUAUCAUGUUGAUCUGCAAUGCAAAAAUCAUCUUCGCACUGACGCAAGUCCUUCAUCAGGAUCCCCACCAACUACAACUGAAUCAAUCCAAGAACAAUAUACCAAGAGCUCGGCUGAGGACCCUAAGGAUGACGGUUGCAUUUGCCACUUCAUUUACUGUCUGCUGGACUCCCUACUAUGUACUAGGGAUUUGGUAUUGGUUUGAUCCUGAAAUGUUAAACAGGGUUUCAGAUCCAGUAAAUCACUUCUUUUUUCUCUUUGCUUUCUUAAAUCCAUGCUUCGAUCCACUUAUAUACGGCUAUUUCUCUCUGUAAUUUUUAGACUACAUAGAAAGUCUUGCAAAGAAGAGCAAGGUAAUGAAUUUCCCCAUUUCAGAAUAGUAAACACAAAAGUCACAGUGUAUUUACUUAUAAACAAAAGGUUAAGGUUAUGUUAUUAUUCUUAU